AUGACCAUAGUCUCAAAUGAUCCCACUUGGUGGCCAAUCAUCAAUGCAUAUCGUAUUCAAAACUAUUGUAUAGUUGCCGCCUUUGUUGGAAUAACAUAUGAUUGGAUGUCUUCAGCACUUACAUUCGGACAAGAGGUUGAAUUGGUUUGGAGACAACGCUGGUCCUUAAUGACAGUUUUAUAUCUCACUGUGCGCUACCUUGGAAUCAUAUAUGCUGCCUUGGCCAUCCUGGGCAGUGUUCAGACCAUUUCGCUGACAGAUACAGUGAGUUUUUUUUUGCAAAAAUGCCUGUUGUUCCCCUCCAAUCAAUCGUGGUUCCCUGUAGGAGUGGGUGUGGUUCUUCAUCAACUUCUUGGUUCACUAAUAACUGCUACGAUAUAUUGCCACAGAUGUCGGAUUAUGUACGUCGUAAUGAGUUGGACAAUUGUUUUGGUAUCUCCAUUGCUGUGGGUCAUCAUCAUCACUCGGUUAAAUGCCAUGUAUCAAGGAUCCAGAAAGAUUCUGAUAUUUCUCAUUGUCACCUUUCUGGCGGUCAUCAUUUUCGUCGGAGUGGUCGCCGUACUAACUACGAUUCAUACUUCAGGGGAGGAACUUAUUCUCUCCGGCACCCAUCAGUGCUCGACUGUCUUUGGGGGAAAUAUCCAAUUUCUGAUUUCCAUGACUUGGAUACUCUUCCUUGUGUGGGAGAUCCUCGCACUAUGUCUCGCAGUUUGGAUUGCGGUAAAACGCUUCCGUGAACUACGGUCACGUUCGGCGGGAGAGAUUGUCGGGGACAGUUACACGGUGUUGAUAAAAACUCACGUGGUUUACUUUGCGAGCUCUGUUGCUGUUUCUUGCUUCCAGAUCAUUAUUGAAUUAUCUCCAACACUCUCAGCAGAAUAUUCCUCGGACACUCAGCUUUAUAUGGGGUUUCUUCGGAUUUCGACAGUCGUGCAGACGUUUGUGCUGGGCCCCCGCUUGAUACUUAGUAUUCGAGAAUAUUACGCCAAUCUCGUGGCCGACUCCAACGCAGCAACUGGGAUGACCUCAAUCGCUUUCCAGCAGCGCGUGCAUAUAUCGACUAGCGAUGGUGUGUAA